AUGAACUCUACAGAACUCGCCGACCUGAUUUCUUCACCAGAAUUUCAAGAUUGCAGCAUAGAAGGUCCCUGUGAGAAAUGUCAUUAUUCCCUGGGUCUUCCAGCCUACCUGCCAAGGAUUAUUGGAUGCGGAUUGGGUAAUUUUUUGAUUUUUCCUCCUGGAAAACAAAUUUUUCGCGGAAAUUUGAAAAAAAAUUGCAAAAAAUGCAAUUUCAAACCGCGCGCGCGUUGCCGUCAACGCGGAGUCUCGUUGUUUUCUUUUUAUUUUUUGCAUUUUUCACAAAAAUAUUGAUUUUUGCAGCCGCCUUGAUUGCCAUAAUCGUCUUCAUUUUAUAUUUGGUUGAAGAGAGGAGAAAGGAAAAGGUAUAGGCUAUGACGUGGCAAACAAAUGCUCCAAAACAGAGAAAAUUCCAGGUUUUCUACACAAAUUCGAAAAAAGUCAACGAAAAUGAGCAGGAGAAAAACGACAGGGAUGCGAUUGCGUUCGGUGUCAACAAUGCGUCGUAUGUGGUGGAGCAGAGCACGUGCACAACACCAAAUGUCUAUGGUGGUGGGUUCAAAGUGUUGGAGAAGAAGCCGAAGCGGAAGUUUGCAGUGGCGCCGCCAAUUACACCGUUUUCCACGUGGGUUUUUUGAAUCUAAAAAAGUCCGUGGCCUAGAAAACCAAACCACGCCGCAAGUAGCGUCAUCGCGGAGUCUCGUUGUUUUCUUUUCAUUUUUUUGCAUUUUUUCAAGGGAAAACGCCAAUUUUCAUGAAAAAAACCGUUUUUUGCGGGUGAAACACAGUAAUUUUUCUAGAAAAGUAGUCCGUGGCCUAGAAAAUCCCUAAAUUCUUCCAGAAACGUCGUCUCCAAGCACUCCCGCGUCAAAACCGCCCGAAAAGAAGAAAAAGAGGUUUUCCAAGUGACCGUGAUCGCCGACAAACUUGGCCGAGGUUCCGAACUCGUCUCUCUCGUAAAUGAAACCGAAAUCCCCGUCGGUCACACGACAAACGAUGAAAAAGCCACGUUUGCGGUGGAAACCAUCAAAACACAUCUGGAAAAAAUGACCGAAGAGAAAUGGGUCAUCUACGGGUAUUUGGAGGAGAAAAAUUGGAUUUAUGCCGGUUCGGAACACAUGUUGGGAGAGUUCAGUGAAUUGAGAUUGGAGGUGAGGGCCUGGCCUAGAGAAAACUAGUCCGUGGCCUAGGAAUCCAAUUUUUCAGCUGAAAUUGUCGCUGACGUCACCGAUAAAUCUGCUGGUCACCGCGUUUUUGGUGAAAGGAGAUGGAACACCGCCGAUUGCGCCGCCGAAAAUUGAGUGAGGCCUAGAAAUCCAAAUCUCAAAACCUAGUCCCCGAUUUCAAAUUUUUCCAGAAAUCGAGAAAUGGAAAAACCUCCAUCGCCUCCUAGAAACUCAGUGGUAAGCCCAAAAUUCAAAUCUUUUCACAAAAUUUUUCAUUUUUCCAGAAAAAAGCUGUUGCAAACCUGAUAAAAUCGACAAAAGAAGAAAAACCCAAAGAAAGUUCGGAAUCGAAAAUCGAGAAAAAACGCUUGAAAUCCAAGGAGGAGAAGAGAGAUAAGGAAAAAGAGAGAGAACGAGAGAAAGAGAAGGAGAGUACGUCGAAAAUCCAGAAAACAUCGGGAGCGCUGAAAAAAGGAAGUCCAUUGCUUUGCUCGCCGAAUUCGUCGAAUUUGACAAAAGUUUCGGAGACUGUGAAUCCGACGGUUUUGAAGAAGAAAAUCAAGGAAUUGGUGGGUUUUUUGGGGAUGGCCUAGAAAUCCAAAACGCAAAAACUAGUCCCCGAUUUCUUUUUUUUUGGUGGAAAAAUGUGAUUUUUGAAUUAAAAUUUUGAAAAAUUUUCAUUUUUUCAUGUCAAAAAUCUAGAUAAUCUUGAAAAUCUGAAGAGUUUUUUUAAAUACAGUAACUUCAGGUUUUGGCGCCAAAAAAGAUUUUUGAAAAUUAUUUUUUGGUGAGAGAAAUUGUGGCCUAGAAAUUUCGAAAUCUCAAAAACUAGUCCUCACAUAAAAAUGGCCUAGAAAUCCAAACUUGGCCUAGAAAAUUCUGAAUUGGAAAACUAGUCCAAGCUAGAAAAAUUUGAGAUUGAAAAAAAUUCCACGUGGAUUUUUUAACGCCAAAUUUUUUAAAUCCAAAAUUUUGGGAAAAUUUGAGAAGCACGGAAAUUGAGCUACAGAUUUUGGCGCCAAAAUUUUCAAAAAUAAAUAUUUGAAUUUCAAAAAUGAAGCUCUUAAAAUCCAAGUGCCUGGGGAGGGUACUGUAGGUGAAUUUUUGGCGCCAAAAUUUCAAAAUUUGCAAAGUUAAAAUUCACGUGGAUUUUCAGCGCUAAAAUUUCAAAAUUUGCAAAAUUAAAAUCCACGUGGAUUUUUAGCGCUAAAAUUUUAAAAUUCAAAUUUUUCCAGAAACGCGACGACGAAUCGAAACAAUCGACAAACAAGCCCGAGAAAUCGGGCUCAAUAUCCGGAAAUGCUCCGGCUCCCUAG